AUGGCCGGCCCAAAGUUCUCUGAACCCGCCUCAGAGCUGUACGCCGAGGAUGCUCAGGGCAGCGAUUUCCGGGCGAUUGACCCGGAAAGUGGUGUAAAACGUGGGUUGAAGACGCGCCAUCUCAGUAUGAUGGCAUUAGCAGGCAUCAUUGGGCCUGGACUGCUGGUAGGAUCUGGAGGAGCUCUGUCGAGCGGUGGACCGGCAUCUCUGCUGAUCGGGUUUGGUAUCAUAGGUAUCAUUGCUUUUAGCAUUAUGCAGAGCUUGGGCGAGCUCACAACAUUAUAUCCGAGUGGAGGUGCAUUUACAAAGCUUGCUGACCGUUUCGUGGAUAAAGCUUUUGGCGUGGCAGUAGGAUGGAACUACUUUAUUAUAUGGUUCGCAGUGCUUGCCAAUGAGUAUAAUGCGGUAACCAGUAUAUUGGUGUUCUGGAGCGACAAGGUUCCAGUAUGGGGCUAUUUUCUUCUCCUCUGGACAGCUUUCCUAGCAUUUCAAUUGUUGGGAGUGGAGACAUUCGGAGAGGCAGAAUUUUGGCUGGCACUCAUCAAGCUUCUGGGUCUCGUGGCAUAUUUUCUUUUCUCGAUAAUCUAUGUUUCUGGGGGCAUCAAAGGUGUUGAUGCUAUCGGGUUUCGUUACUGGCACGACCCGGGCCCAUUCGUGGAAGGUUUUAGGGGAGUGGCAGCUGUGUUCGUCUUUUGCUCUACUUUCUAUGCUGGUGUCGAGUCCGUUGCUGUCGCUGCUACAGAAACACGAAAUCCAAGAGUAGCUGUGCCAUUGGCCAUCCGUCAGACCUUUUGGCGAAUUGUCUUCAUUUAUAUGGGAUCGGCAUUCUUCUUCGGUCUGACCUGUCCUUCCAAUGCUGACGGCCUGAUCAACGGAGCGAGUCGAGCAUUGAAGAGCCCAAUGACCAUUGCUAUUCAGAACGCUGGAUGGGAAGGUGGCGUAAAUCUCAUCAACGCAUUCAUUUUGGUAACCUGCAUUUCGGCGAUCAACUCGUCGAUCUACAUUGCUUCCCGAACUCUUUUAUUCAUGGCACAGGAUGGAAAGGCGCCGAAGUUUUUCGGAAAGACUGACGGCCGCGGCGUUCCGAUCCCAGCUAUUGUCUUUGCCAAUGCGUGCGGAGCUAUUUCUUUGAUGAACAUCAGUACCGGAGCAGGGAACGCGUAUAGCUAUAUUGUCAACCUGAGUGGCGUGUCAACGUUCUUAGUCUGGGGUUCGAUCUCAUUGACUCAUAUUCGGUUUCGAAAAGCUUGGAAGGUUCAGGGUAAUCGAAUCGAGGAUCUGCCAUUCAAGUCCUGGGGCUAUCCUUGGUUUGCAUAUUUUGGCCUGGCCGCCAACGUCUUUCUAGCCCUUGUGCAAGGCUGGACAACUCUAUCACCAUUUGAUGCAGGAACCUUCGUCGAUGCAUAUAUUCUGCUACCAUUAUUCUUCAUAAUUUACUUCGGAUAUAAGCUUGUAUUCCGCACACGGUUUUGGCGGGCUGACGAGGUAGACUUGCAGUCUGGGCGGAGGCGUGACUUGGAUGAAGCGAAAGAGUUCGAAACUGGAGAACUUGGCAGUCGGCAAAGCCUAUGGAAGAGACUGGCCAAGAAUUUUUAA